AUGAUGGAAAAACAAAUUAAUAAUUCAAUAGUCUGUCAGAUGUCAUUGUAUGGUCAAGGGGUUAAACUAUAAGCAAUGAUCGACUGCACGGAGUUAAAGAGGACAGGUCGGGGACAUAUGGGGGAGAUGGUUACGAAGGUACACGACGUCAGGGUGCACAUAUAACGCUUUCAAAUUACAGAGUGGCCAAGGACCCAUCCAUCACAACUCGGCCCGUGGGACUUACUAUAUCUUUGCGCACCGCCCCAACGUUUAAGUCGUUAGCAAUUUCCCCUGUACGGGACUAUUUUCGGCCCCGAAAUUCCAAAAUCGAUAUGAAAACAAAGACAAUUUGCACGCAAACGUCCAUUCAGUCGGACGAGAAAAAUUUGUACGAUGAAGCAGCAACUGACGCGAAUCAUAUCGGCCCGUCGUGCGUUUAUUUGAAACAAAAACAAUCCUCGGUAUUUUGUAUCGACGAGGAGGAUCCUGCCCCCCAAUGGCUGAUCGAGGAAGCCCUCGCCAGAGGGACUGAGGUAUGCAAAGAAUACGAGACAAUUAUAUCAGAACUCGAAGCAAAACUCAGUCGCACAAAGGAAGACCUCGAGGACGCUUUGAAAGCGAGAUUCAUAGUGAAAGAGAAGUACAAGAGGUUGCUGGAAAACGCGAGAACGCAGGCUCGCAGGGAGAACGAAUUGUUGCAGGAAAACAUCGUGCGAAUUUGUACCUCCGUUUUCGAGAAUUUCGGUCCUCGUUCGAUGGAUCGGAGAAACACUGCCUGCUAUCAAAUUAAAUCACACAGGAAAUUGAACUGUCGCCAAAGAAUUACGAAUAAAUUACGUAGAAAGCUACGAACGGCAAUGACGAAAUCGAACAAACUGAAACGGAAAUUAGCCAUGACUCGGAAAAAGCUGAGAAGCAAAUCUGAGGAGUACGAGUCGAUCAGCAAAUGCUUCGACCAGCUGAAGCAAGGAAUGGAGGCUACCGAAACGAAUCUGAACAAUCUAAUAAGCGAGAAUCUCUCCUUGAGGAGGAAGAUAGACGAUACGCGGGACUGGUUGGAGCACAACGUAGGAAAACAACACUAUACUGGGCACUUUCCAGACGCGUGCAAGAGCAGAGAGUUGGCGAAUCUGAAGAAAAAAGUCGAGGAGGAUUCAGCGACCAUUGCUCAACUCAGAAACAAAUUAGUACGACUCGAAUCAGCAAACGCCAACAAGGGAUUUUUACUGAACAGUUACAAAGCCCAGCUGACCGAUUUAACUAAAGAGAAGAAUGAAUUGUUAUCCAAAGUGAAUAGUUUGGAGAACGAAAUCGGCAAUACUCGAAACAGUAAUUCACAGUUAAGAGCAAAAAUAGAAAUACAGUGUGCCAAAAAAUGUGAAGAAACUGUGCAACUGGAAACUGAGACCAUUAAAAAUAAAUAUGAGGAGACUAUUAAGUUUAUGGAAACGAAAUUGUUGGCCACCAAAUCUCAAAAUGUCGAAUACUUGAACGCUAUCAAAGAAUUUCUGAUGAAAGUCUACGAACAGCGAAAUGAUCGUGAAGCGCAAAAAUCAAACGAAAGCGAGUCAGGUGAAAAGGAAACCCACGAAACUAUCUGCAAUAUUUUGAAUAUGACACCAGAUGAAUUGUCCGGAUUUAUUAAUGGAAAGAAUACCAAAAAUUCGGAUAACCCAUGGAUAGUCGAACUAAAUCGAAUAGUUUCGACGAAUCAGUUUUCUAAAGAUCUAUCAAAGUUUUUAUUGAGAAAGAUGACAAAGAAGACAAAGAUGUAA